AUCACAUGCGCGCAGGUAGCGCACUGGUGCGGAGAGUGGAGAGCGCUCGUUGGCGAGACUACGUGUGUGGCUGGCCGAGUACUUCGCGGUCGUCGCUUCACUUUUCGCCUGAAACAUUGCACACUUCGCUACUGCUGGCUGUCAAUAAAUCGAUUUCGAGACGAUGCUAUCCUACCUGGAGAUCGAGUCCCGCUCGAAGAGCAGCCAGCAGCAGCCAGUUCUAAAAGCGUCUUCGACUAUCGUCAGUCGGCUUCAAAGCUUUCGGCGUUCAUUCCUGACCGACCGGUUUCGGAUGCGUUGUACUCUGAACCUGUGCCCGUUGACGUUCAUCUCGGCCGUGCGCAUGCCCUCUGUGAUUUUUGA